UCCGACGCUCGUCAGUUUUUAUUCAGCUCUCGAGAGGGUAACAUUGUCUGCGAAGCUAUCGCUGCGAUUUCUUCAGUGCUUAAAAAAACAACGCAAACAUGUCGCUGCUACCAUUUAUGUUGGAGAUCGAUCAACCACGUCGUCUGCUGGAUCAGCACUUCGGGUUGGUUCUUACACCGGAAGAUUUGCUAAGUGUCGCCGCCGGACCCUUGUUGAACAGGGAACAUUACUAUCGUCCAUGGAGGCACCUAGCGGCGGCUACACGAGAUCUCGGCUCCAGCAUUAAGGCUGACAAAGACAAGUUCCAAGUGAACCUGGAUGUCCAGCAUUUCUCUCCUGAGGAGAUUUCCGUGAAGACUGCCGAUGGAUACAUCGUCGUCGAAGGAAAGCACGAGGAGAAAAAGGAUCAGCAUGGAUAUAUUUCUCGACAGUUCACACGCCGGUAUGCGCUGCCCGAAGGUUGUACUGCCGAUGCAGUUGAGUCCAGGCUGUCUUCUGAUGGAGUUCUCACUGUAACUGCCCCCAAGAAGGUGCCACCAGCGGUGCAGGGAGAGCGUAAGGUGCCCAUCACACAGACCGGACCGGUCCGUAAAGAAGUGAAAGACCAGGCCAAUGGAGACCAGCCCGAGAAGUAAACUGCAUUCUGUAUUUGUACGCGACUAUACCCCGCAUUUUAAGGCAUUCCUUCUGUUUUAUUUAAGACUGAUUAUUUUUUAAUUUCCUAAUAAACUGAUUUUGGUUAAAA